GACAACCAUGGCAGCAUUUUCUGAAAUGGGAGUUAUGCCAGAAAUUGCACAGGCUGUUGAAGAGAUGGAUUGGUUAUUGCCCACUGACAUCCAGGCUGAGUCUAUUCCGUUAAUUCUCGGUGGAGGAGAUGUGCUAAUGGCUGCCGAAACCGGGAGUGGCAAAACUGGAGCUUUUAGCAUCCCAGUCAUACAGAUUGUGUAUGAAACACUGAAGGACCAGCAGGAGGGGAAGACUGGUCGCGCGGCUGUGAAGACCGGAGGGGCAGUAUUUAACAAAUGGCAGAUGAACCCGUAUGACAGAAGCCCAGCAUUUGCCAUUGGCCCAGACGGACUUUGCUGUCAGAGCAGAGAGUUUAAAGAGUGGCACGGCUGUCGGUCCACUAAGGGUGUAACCAAAGGAAAAUACUAUUAUGAAGUCACCUGUCAUGACCAGGGCUUGUGUAGGGUGGGCUGGUCAUCCAUCCAGGCUUCACUUGACCUGGGCACGGAUAAGUAUGGAUUUGGAUUUGGAGGAACAGGGAAAAAAUCCUACAAUAAACAGUUUGACAGCUACGGAGAGGAGUUUACCAUGCAUGACACAAUUGGAUGUUAUGUGGAUCUGGACAAAGGCCAUGUGUCAUUCUCCAAAAACGGAACUGAUUUGGGUUUGGCCUUUGAAAUCCCCCCACACCUGAAAAAUCAGCCAUUCUUUGCCUCUUGUGUGCUCAAGAACGCUGAGCUGAAGUUUAAUUUUGGUGAAGAGGGUUUUAAAAACGCCCCUAAGGAGGGGUUUGUGGCUCUAGACCAGGCACCAGAUGGUCACACAGUCAAAUCCAGUCAGACAGGCAGUGCUAAAGUGAGUCAGGUGAAGACUGCGGCCAAUGCCCCUAAGGCCCUGAUUAUUGAGCCGUCUAAAGAGCUGGCUGAGCAAACGCUCAACAACGUCAAACAGUUUAGGAAAUACGUGGAAAACCCCAAACUACGAGAUUUGCUGAUCAUUGGAGGAGUGGCGGCCAAGGAGCAGCUGUCUGUUCUGGAAAGCGGAGUUGACAUUGUUGUAGGAACUCCAGGCAGACUUGAUGAUCUCAUAUCCACAGGAAAACUUGAUCUGUCUCAAGUUCGUUUCCUGGUGCUGGAUGAGUGUGACGGGCUCCUCUCAGCUGGGUACACUGACUUCAUCAUGAGGGUAUACAACAACAUCCCCCAGGUCACCUCCGACGGGAAGAGACUACAGGUGAUUGUGUGCUCAGCCACGCUUCACUCGUUUGACGUGAAGAAGCUUUCGGAGAAAAUCAUGCAUUUCCCCACCUGGGUGGACCUGAAGGGAGAGGACUCUGUGCCGGAGACGGUCCACCAUGUGGUUGUCCCUGUUAACCCUAAAGCUGACCGACAGUGGGAGAGAUUGGGCAAGAACCACAUCAAGACAGAUGAAGUCCAUGCCAGGGAUAACACACGACCAGGGGCCAAUACUCCGGAGAUGUGGUCGGAGGCCAUUAAGGUACUGAAGGGUGAGUACACAGUUCGGGCCAUUAAGGAGCAUAAGAUGGACCAGGCCAUCGUCUUCUGCAGGACCAAACUGGACUGUGAUAACAUGGAGCAGUAUUUCAUCCAGCAGGGAGGAGGGCCAGAUAAGAAAGGACACCAGUUCUCCUGUGUGUGUCUCCAUGGAGACAGGAAACCAAACGAACGCAAGUACAACCUCGAGCGAUUCAAGAAACAAGAGGUGAAAUUCCUGAUAUGCACGGACGUCGCCGCCAGAGGAAUCGAUAUCUCUGGUGUCCCAUACGUGAUUAAUGUGACACUGCCUGAUGAGAAACAGAACUAUGUGCAUCGCAUUGGCAGAGUAGGCAGAGCCGAGAGGAUGGGUUUGGCAAUAUCUCUUGUGGCUAUGGAGAAGGAAAAGGUGUGGUACCAUGUAUGUCCUAACAGAGGCAGAGGCUGCUAUAAUACCCGACUGAAGGAAGAUGGAGGCUGCACUAUUUGGUACAAUGAGAAAGAGUUGCUGUCUGAGAUAGAGGAACAUCUGAAGUGUACCAUCACUCAAUGUGAGCCAGAUAUCAAAGUCCCUGUAGAUGAGUUUGAUGGCAAAGUCACGUAUGGCCAACGUAGAACUGGAGGAGGGGGUCUGUAUAAAGGCCAUGUGGAUGUGCUGGCCCCCACCGUGCAGGAAUUGGCCAGCCUGGAGAGAGAAGCACAGACCUCUUUCUUACACCUGGGCUAUCUACCCAAUCAGCUCUUUAAGGCUUUCUAACACACACACACACAUUCAAACACAUGUGUGCAAUUACCCACCUCAUCAGACCUUCAAAGCUCUCCAAUACACACGCACGCACACACAAAGUAAAGCUCUCUAACACACAUACACACACACACACACAAACAAACACAACUCCUCACCAAGUCAGCUCUUUCAAAUGUGUUUCAUGGUCACGCAUGCAGACAGAUAAACACGGUUUCUCUCCUCAUCAGCUCUACAAAGCUUUAACAUGUAAACACGCACACAUACACACACACACACACACACACACACAAACACAUUCAAACAACUGGUUUAUGCGACGUUCAUAACUGACUAAUUUAUAAAUGGAGGUGGUGUCAGACACUAGAAUGGCUAUUCAGUUGAAAGCUCUUGAUGUGGUUUGUUCCUAGGUUUUGUUUGAAGUGAUGAAGUGUAGCACUUAAUUGCUACAAGCAUUUUUUGUUGUUGUUGUUGCUGAGUAAGGAAUCCAAUCAUCUGUGUUGAGAUCCUCUGUGAAGAUUUUGCCUCAU